AUGCUCGGGCCCCAUGUUUGCCUGAUCGGGUUUGUCGUAUUUUUGGUGCAUUUCAUUGCAAGACGAGUCUAUCAAUGGAGUCGUCUGCGGCAUAUUGCAGGUCCCCCAUUGACAGGGUGGACAAAAUUAUGGUUGCUAAAACAGGCCUGGUCCGGCAGGCUCUGUGACAGCCUCUACGAUGCUUGUAGAGAAUAUGGCCCGCUCGUACGCAUUGGGCCAAAGUGGGUGUUGUGCGGUGAUCCCACUGAGAUCCGCCGAAUAUGGGGGAUAAAUUCUGGCUAUUACCGCUCGGACUGGUACAAGGCUGUUCGUCUAAACAGUGAAGUGGAUAACGUCUUGUCGGUGAUUGAUAAUAAGAAGCAUCACCAGCUCCGAAGCCAUCUCAGGCCGGGGUACGGAGGCAAGGGGAUCGCAAAUGAGAAACAGCUUGUUGACGAGCAGAUCAACAAGCUCAUAGCUCUAAUUGAGCAGCGAUAUAUCUCUACCCAGACAGCCUUGCGACCGUGCAAUCUAGCUCGAACGAUGCAGUACCUGACGCAGGAUGUCAUCACUGCCGUCGGGUUUGGAAAACCAGCAGGCUACCUGGAGGCGGAUCGCGAUAUGUAUGGCAUCCUGGAAACGUCCGAGGCCCUCCAUCGACCCGUCCAUAUGGUUACUCUGCUUCCAACUGUUAGAAAGAUCCUAGAAAGCCGCCUGUUGAAGCCCUUCCAUCCUAAACCCCAUGACGGGCGUGGGGUUGGUCGGUUCCUCGGUUACAUCAAGGACCUUGUCGAUGAAAGAUAUGCCGACCUGAAAACCAGCCAUACCGAUAUCCUCCAGUCCUUCAUCAACUCUGGUUUGAGCAGACCCGAAGUUGAGUCGGAAGCACUUGUGACCGUGUUCGGCGGCACGGAUACGACAUCCACUGCCCUCCGAAACAUUAUCUUUUAUUUGUCAACCACCCCUCAAGCAUACCGGGCACUUCAAGCCGAGAUCGACGGUGCUGUAAAAACAGUGACAAGACCAGUCAUUAGCGAUGCCGAGGCACAAGCCCUGCCAUUUCUCCAGGCAUGCAUCAAGGAAGGACUCAGGAUUUUCCCACCUAGUAUGGGUCUCAUGGGGAAGGUGUGCCCGCAUGACGAUAUAAUCUGCGGCGUCAAGGUCCCCGCAAACACCAAGGUCGCUUGGUCGGCGCUGGCGAUUAUGAGGAACCGAAGCAUAUUUGGACAAAAUGCAGACGUUUAUGAUCCGCAGCGGUGGAUCGAUGCACCGAUAGAAAGGGCGAGGGAGAUGGAUGCAUCGUACGGUUUAGUAUUUGCCACUGGAACCAGGUGGGAGUGCUUAGGGAAGCGACUGGCGUAUAUAGAGCUCGGAAAGACGAUCUUCGAGCUCUUCCGUCGCGCAUUUUGCGAGCAGGCCACAGAGUCUCCUCGACUGAGCAGCGCCAACAUCGCCUGGACUAUGAUGUCCCUCUGUCUGUCCGUGCUCCUCUCUGCCCUCGAUUUAACAAUCGUGACUCCCGCAAUUCCCGCCAUAGUCGGCUCGUUCAAGUCUGCCGCCGGUUAUACUUGGGUGGGGGGCGCCUAUACUCCAGCCUACGCAGCGGUAACUCCGGUAUGGGGGUCCGUCUCCGACAUCUGGGGCCGGAAGCCGAUCAUGCUGAUCGCGGUAGCCAUUUUUCUGGUCGGAAGUCUUGUCUGUGCACUUGCACCGAAAAUGAACGCUUUGAUCGUAGGCCGUGCAAUUCAGGGACUGGGGGGCUCGGGUAUGGGGAUAAUGGUCAAUAUUGUUGUCAGUGAUAUGUUCUCGCUGCGGGAUCGAGGGCUAUAUCUCGCCAUCACCUCACUGGUUUGGGCGGUUGGGAGUGCCAUAGGACCGGUAUUGGGCGGUGUUUUUACAGAGAGGCUGAGGCAAGUGCCGCUCCAUUUGAAUAACAACAAGGCUGACCGUUGUUUAGCUGGCGAUGUACCGGUCGGGGCCGUCUCCUUUCUCGUCUUACUAUUCUUCUUGAGAGUCCAAAGCCCCCGAACUCCAAUCGCCGCCGGCCUAAAAGUCAUCGACUGGACAGGAAGCGUUCUAAUUGUAGGGGGUGCUCUGAUGGUCCUCCUGGCCCUCGAGUUUGGCGACGUCGUCUACUCCUGGUCUUCCGCAACAGUGAUCUGCCUAUUAAUUUUCGGCGCAGCAGUGAUGGCGCUGUUUGUGGUCAAUGAGUGGAAGAUUGCCAAGAAUCCUAUUAUCCCUCUUUGGCUAUUUGCCUCGCCGAGCAAGGUAGCGCCGUACGUUGUCUUCGCGUGCAACUCAUACGUCUUCAUCGGGCAGGCAUAUUACCUACCUCUAUACGCGCAGUCUGCCCUGGCCGCGACAGCCUUGAUGUCAGGACUGUACCUCCUUCCGCUAAUCGUCUCAUGUGCCCUGGCCGCGGCCGCAGCGGGGAUUUUCAUGCAGCGAACUGGGAAAUAUAUGCCCGUGAUGUAUAUUGCGCAGGGCUUUCUGGUCCUUGGCUCGGGACUGCUAGUCAGCCUCAAAUUUGAAUCAAACAUAACCAAACUAAUCAUCUUCCAGAUUCUGGUCGGGAUCGGCGUGGGCAUGAACAUCGAAGCCCCUAUCCUGGCGGCUCAAGCUGCUGCAAGUGUUCGUGAUACGGCUGCCGUGACUGCGACAAUGGGGUUUGUCCGGUCCCUUUCCACCGCUAUCUCAGUUGUCGUCGGUGGCGUGGUCUUUCAGAAUGAGAUGAAUGCGAAGAACGGGGAGUUGGCAAGCCGGCUCGGUUCGGAUUCGUCUCUAGCCAACAUAUUCAAUGGUGACAAUGCUGCUUCGAGUGUGGAAAAGAUUAGCACUGUUGGACUGAAUGCAGAUCAACAAGUCUUGGUUAGGAAGACGUACUUUGAGGCGUUGAGGAUGGUGUGGGUCAUGUAUGUUGCCUUUGCUGGAUUAGCCACCAUUCUUAAUCUGUUUGUGCCGGCCCGUAAGCUCCGGAGUGAAAAUGAGGGCGCCGUGCUGGGCGUUGACCGGUCACGGCAAGAAGGCAGCCGUACUAAUGGGGUCGAGGAAACGGAGUUGAAUGAUCAACAUGGUUAA